AUGGAUACGGGAGGUGGACUCUGGGACUUCAGCAUCGGCGAAUUUUGGUACCGGCGGUGGGUCCUGGAACCGAUCCCCCAUUUUGUCCUGAGCCUCUUUCUAGCCGAGUGGGAUCAUUAUGUCAUUGUGGUGUCACCUGGAGAGGCGGGUCUGGGGAGGGACACGGUGACAGCGGGACGGAAGAAGGGCCUCCUGGAGGUGUCUGCUGGGAGACUGUUAGAAAGGAGGCUUAGGCCCAUGCGGCUCACAGCCCGGGGCGUCUUUCCUGCGCAUGCGUCGUCCUUACACCAGCUCAGUAUCUCCUCAGCCUUGGACCCCACCCGCUGCAAGGCGCAGAGGGUCCCCCAUCACUCUCGCCUUCAGGCUGUGUCCACCGUGGCAUGGUCAGCUGACAGUGAGGUCCUGCUUGCCAGGGUCCAGGGUGGAAAAAGGCAGGAGGGCCACCACGGCGGGGGCAGGUGUGGGGGAAGAUGGGGUCCCCCUGGGGAGGAGGACUGCCGUCUCCUGGAGGAAUAUUCCGGUGGCUUCACGGUCUCCCAGGUUCUCUUCGCCGCCUGUGAGCUGGGAGUCUUUGACCUUCUGGCCGAGGCCCCGGAGACCCUGGGCUCGGCUGCAGUGGCUGCACAUCUGGGCGUCAGCUCCCGGGGAACAAAGCUACUGCUGGACGCCUGUGUGUCCCUGAAGCUGCUUCAAGUGGAAGUGAGGAGAGAAAAAGCUGUGUAUGAAAACACAGAGCUCGCCAGCACGUACCUGGCCAGAGCCAGCCCCAAGUCCCAGCAGGACAUGCUGCUGUACACGGCCGGGACCACCUACCUGGGCUGGGGCCACCUGGCCGCGGCUGUCAGAGACAGGAAGAACCAGUAUCUGAAGGCCUUUGGGGUUCCCUUUUUUUUGACCUCACUGCACGUGUUUGGCGCUGCUCACAGGUCCGAGGGCAAGAGGCUACAAGCCAUGCGGGGCCUGCAGGACGAGAGGAGGCUCGGAGGGCUGAGGGUGGUGGCUGCCUUUGACCUGUCACCCUUCCCGCUCAUCUGUGACCUCGGAGGUGAGUGGAUGGACCUAGAGUCUGUCAUACAGAGUGAAGUAAGUCAGAAAGAGAAAGAC